AUGUAUCCAGGCGGAUCAACUGCUACGAAUGGAGGUGCCCACAUCCAUGACCUAACGAUAGGAUAUGUUGUGGAUGGUAAAGACUACGUAUUGGACCUUCGUUUAAAUAGGGAAUUGAUUCCCGAGUCAUAUUUUGAACGAUAUCAACAUAAUGGAAGGCACGUUGUGAACAGGCCUACUGGAAAGGAUGUGGAAUUGUGCCAAUAUCAAGGACGUUUACGUGGAGUACCAGGAUCUUGGGCUGCAAUUUCUACAUGCCAUGGUCUUAGUGGUGUUAUUUUUGAUGGAGAAGAAUUACACUAUUUGGAAAGAGGGCCAGACUCGGCUGAUCACACAUUUCAAAAAGAAGAACAUGAAGGAAGUAGCCUAGGUUCUCAUUACCUGUACAAACACUCAGAUCUCACCACAAAUCACUCAUGUGGGUACUCAGGCACCCCCCAUCAUAUUCUAGAAAGUCAAGAAAUUAAUAGAAUUCUUAGGUACAAAAGGGAGACUGAAAUUAUUCGAGGACCUUACAAUGCUAAUAAACAAAGUCGUUAUGUGGAAUUGGUUCUUGUUGUUGAUCAUGAAGAGUACAAAAAAAUGGAAGAAAACUUGCAUGCUGUGUAUUAUCACUGUAAAGAAAUAGCUAAUAUAAUAAACUCUCUAUAUGUGCCCUUAAAUAUAUUUAUUGCAUUGGUUGGUGUGGUGGUAUGGACGGAAAAUGAUGAGAUUACGCUGUCAAGUAACGGAGAUCAGACCUUACAAAAUUUUCUUCAGUAUAGGAGAAACAAAUUGGCUAAGGAACAUCCAAAUGACAAUGCUCAACUUCUUACACGUGUCCAGUUUGAGGGUGGUGUUGUUGGGAAAGCCUUAAAAGGUCCAAUUUGUACCUACGAAUUUUCGGGUGGAGUGAGUACUGAUCAUAGUGAAGUAGUUGGACUUGUUGCUACCACAGUAGCUCAUGAAAUGGGUCAUAAUUUUGGUAUGGAACAUGACACUUCAGAAUGCAAAUGCCCUUCAGAUCGUUGCAUUAUGGCAUCAUCAUCAAAUUCAAUGAGGCCUACUCAGUGGAGUUCUUGUAGUCUUGAAUAUCUCGCACUUGCAUUUGAACAUGGAAUGGAUUACUGUCUGCGCAAUAAACCUAAAAGUCUCUUUGAUGGCCCAGUGUGUGGAAAUGGUUUUGUGGAAGCUGGUGAGCAGUGUGAUUGUGGUUUGAAAGAAAGUUGUGAUAACCCUUGUUGCAAUGCCACAACAUGCAUGCUUUAUGCUAAUGCUUCAUGUGCCACAGGAGAAUGCUGUGAUCUACAGACUUGUCGACCAAAAACUGCUGGAACAAUUUGUAGAACAGCUGAUCAUGAAUGUGAUCUUCCAGAAUACUGUUCUGGUCAAUCUGAGUACUGUCCAGGAGAUGUCUACAAAAUGGAUGGAGAAACCUGUGACAGAGGAAAGGCAUUUUGUUAUCAAGGUUCGUGCCGUACCCAUUCUGAUCAGUGCCGUUUGUUGUGGGGACCAUCUGGAAAAAGUUCUGACAUGCAGUGCUACCAAAUGAAUAAUAAAGGCACAAGACAUGGAAACUGUGGCUAUAAUAAAUUGAAUCAAUCAUUUCUGAAAUGCACUGAUGAGGAUGUUUAUUGUGGAAUGCUUCACUGUAAACAUUUGAAUGAAAGAUUGGAGUUUGGGAUGGAAUCGGUGGCCAUUUUAUCUCAUUCAUUUAUUAACUCUGGUGGCAGUAUCAUUCCAUGUCGAACUGCAAUUGUUGAUCUUGGUCUCAAUGAGGUAGAUCCUGGUCUUGCUCCAGAUGGAGCCAAAUGUGGCGAUGGAAAGAUGUGUGUUAAUCAAAGAUGCAGAUCAGUGGGCUCCUUACGUUUGGGUCCCGAUGUUUGUCCUCAAGACUGUAAUGGAAAUGGUGUUUGCAAUAGCAAAGGACAUUGCCACUGCAAGACUGGGUUUGCCCCUCCUUUUUGUAAUUAUCCAGGUACUGGUGGCAGUGAAGAUAGUGGACCUGCAUCAGAUCCACAUGCUCGAAAAGAUGUAAUGACAGCCUUGUAUGUCAUCUUCUUGGGAAUUGUGCCAUUUGUGGCAUUAGUAGCUCUGUUCAUGUACUAUACUCGUCGCAAUGUCAAGCACUGGUGGAAGAAAGGUGGUCGCUCUCCAUCUCAUGUUGCUGCAUCAGAUAAUCAAGGCCUCCCUCCGUAUGUAGUCACCCAGUUCUGUUCAAAUUUUGGCCAAAGACUCAGUCAGCUAUGUAGAUGUAGAUCCUGUGCUUGUGUGGAUAAUAUUCGUAAUGCCUGGACAUGGGUAUGCAUGAAGUUUAGUAGUUGUUUAGCACUCACCAGGACUCCUUCUGUAGAUGCUAAUAUAGAUCACCAAAAUGCUCAUACUAAAAGCCCUGCAAUGAAAAAUCCUAUGCUCAUUAAUAAAAACAUUGAAAUUUCACCUGGUAAUUUGGUUUUCACCACUAACACAUGUAUUUCUACUAAAAAUGAUUUAGAGAAAAGGGAAUACCAACCAAACCCACAUCAAAUACCAACUGUCACAUUUACUUCAGGUAGUUCUCAAAAUGCAGACACUGGUUCUCAAAAUGACCACAUUUAUGAAAAUAUAGGCACAAAACAAAAGAAGAAGAAAUCUACAGGAUUCAGUACGCAAACCAUUCAAGGGGAAAUACAUUCUGUAGAAAAUGAAAAGAUUAGAAAAAAAAUUGGAACAAAACCACCUGGUACUUCAAAACCUGGUAUGGCUCGUAAAAAUUCCAAAGGAUUACAAUUGAUGACUGAUAUUGAUCCAAUGAGAGACAAGCUUUUGAAAACACCGGACUCUGUUACACCAGACACUCCACCAAUAGUAAAAUUUUCUGACAAUUCACAAGGAAAGGUUUGCCAACAGAUACUAAAUAUCCAAUCUAGGUCAAAAACUGGAGAGAAGAAAACCCAGCAUCGUAUCAGCAGAGGCAAUUCUAUGGCGUUUCUUCCAGAACGAAACUUUUCUGGUUCUCAUGGGCUUGAGAUUUCCAGCCCAAUUCCUGCAGAUGCCUUCAGUUCUGACAAUGCUCUUGCUUCAUUGCUUCCAAAAGCGGAUGCUGCUAGUGGCUUAAAUAACUCUUCAUCUGGAAGCCCAGCCAGUCUUCAGAGCAAUCUCUUUGGCCAAUUCAAAGGAUUCAGCAUUACUCCUCUUCCUUCUGUUCCAACUGCUUCAUCUCAGGCAAAACCACCAUCUCCUCCAUCAAGAAAUAUUACUAGCAACCAUGUAGCACCACCUGUAGUUCCUUCUUUACCUGCAAUGGCAAAACCAACUCCAUUACCGCCCAAAAACACCAUAGCUAAAAACACUAUUGCUGCUUCUACCAAUGUCACUACAGCUUCAUCUGUCACCACCAGUUCCAAACCAUCUAGUGCAUCUCGACCUCUCAUCAGUAGCCCUGUCCUUGAUGCUACAACAUGUACUGCCAAGGAACUGAUAGAUGCUGGAGCAGUACCAGCAGUCCCUACUCGACCUGCUCCCCAAGUCCCUGGAUCUUCUACACCAGCCCCAGUGGAUAAACCUGCAAGACCUGUAUCAUCUCCCAAUGCUUUAAGUGCUCUUGCUCCUACAUCUCUUCCGGAAACUUCAACAGACGACAAGAAACGUAAAGAUUCAGGAGGUAACAGCUACCCAACCUUAACUCGCCUUGCAUCAUUCAUGAUGAGGUCACAAAAUGCUGCUCCAGUCUCAAGAACUCAGUCUCAAAGCCAAAAUGUAACUGAGAAAACUACAAAGAAAAGCAAACCAGUUGAGGGAACAAAUUCCUUGCCAAGAAAAGUGAACAAGUUGCAGAUCGAUAGAGAAGUGCUUCGAAAUUUAGAAAUUUCUAAUCCUAUUCCCCAGCAAGAGAUAGAGAUCCCUCAGAAAGCAGUCCCUGUUCGUGCAGCUCCUCCUGUUCCUGAUGAAGAGGAUAGUUCCAAAAAUGUUGUUAUGCGUGCCCAAAGUUUACGAGGUAGUGGUCCCAUUACCCAGCGACCAGCAAUUCCAACCUUUGGUUCCAUGAGACAACCACCUGGCACCAAACGUCCUACUAGCAUACCUUCAUGCACACGUCCUACUUCUCCUCCACCACGCCCACCUCCUCCACCAACUGAAAAGCCUGGCCAAGUGGACCCUGGAAUCAUUGGACUGCCAGGGUAUCAAAAUCCACCAGGUAAUUCUCAAGAUUAUUCAUAUGAUGACUGCUUGAAUUUAAUGCCUGCAAAUACGGCUACUCUAGCCAAAAUUGAUGAAGAUAUUAGCCCAUCACCAAGAGAGAAUAUUUACGCUGUCAUAGAAGAGUCCCCACCAGAACGAGAGAGAAGAAAAUUGGGAAAUGGAGCCGAUAUUCCAAUUCCUUUGUCUCCGAAAUCAGCUCCUGAAACUCCACCAGGAAAGAAAGACAAAUUUGAAUACACUUCUCCAUCAUUCAAUGAAUAUAAAACCCCAAAACCCAUUGACAAUACAGUUUCUGCCGGAAGUGUAGAAUCUGUUGGGCUUCUUUCUGAGAUAGUAAAUGAAAUCCAAGCUCGUAACAUGGAAUCCAUUUACAGUACUUCAUCGCUGGGAAGAAAGAAAAAGAAAGAUGGAAGUUCAACUUCUGAUGAUGAAUCUGUUAGUACAUCUACUUCAGGUCCUCCUACUCUCCCUGAUAAAACUAGCACAGUUGCUGCAUCAAAUAGUUCUCUGGGUACAUAUGUGAAUGCUCCAUAUACAACUUCUAGCAUUUACAAACCCAUGGGCAGUGUCUAUAGCAAUGUUUCUUCCCAAAACAGUUCUGGACCUGGCAGCAAACCAAGCUCCAGUUCUGCUAGUUCUAGUAGUGGUUAUCUAAGUCCCAUGAAUAUGGUUAACAACGGUUCCUCUAACACUAAAUCUGCUGAGACUAACCAAGAGAAGAAGAAUUUUAGAACAGGGACAUCAUUUAGUCCUCCUGUGUCUUCAAGUUCAUCAUUUGUGCCAUUAAAGCCAUCGAAUAAGCCAACAGAGCCUACUACAAAUGUUAGUUCAUAUAAGCCAUAUAGCUCUUCUCUAAAUCGCUCUCUUGGUCCAUUGGCAUCAAGUUUCCGUUCAUCUGGUAGUUCGCAAACUGACAAAGAUAACAAGUCAAAUAUUUCUGCAGAGUCAACUAAACAGGAAGGAACUGCUCAGAAACCAACAAAGAAUAUCAAUACCACUUUGAUGCCAUCUGUUGCUUCGGAUUUAAAACCCAAUCCUUCACUUUCUAGUAUUACAGAGAAUAAAGUGCAAACCAAGUCAAUAUUACCAAAUAAAUCUUCAUUGCACAGCACUGCAGCACCACCUACUUCAUCCAAACCUGUUAUGUCACUUCAACCGAAAUCCAGUGGCUCAGAUGUAACAAAAACCUCACAAAUUGCAUCCACAAAUAAUACAAAUUUACCAAGACCAGGCGUUAAUGUAGGGAAAACACCUGAUGUUGUUUCAAGCUGUGCAGUAGGUGGGAGUGCUGGUAAAUCACCUGAUGUAGUUGGUGGAGCAAAAAUAGAUUCUAAAGUAGUUAAUAAACAAACCGUUGAACCAAAUGUACAUAGUGCACCAAAACCAAGUAUACAAUCAAGAAUUAGUGCUAGUGGCAGCAGUGGUAUUAAUCGAACUCAAUCUGCUGGGAAUAGUGCAAACAAAGUAGGAAGCACCACAGUUGGAAAGCCAACUCCUAUUCAUUCUUCAUUCCGUGGCGGUGUUGGCAAGUCUCCUCAACCUGCUCCAAAAACAUUUAGUUCAAAGGUUAGUGGGGACACUAGUGGGGUAGGAGGUGCAUCGGGAACACCAACUGUGCCUGAGAAGAAAACUGUUUUGGGCACUGCAGCAAGAGACAUGAAAAGUGGUGUAGGUCGAGGCAGCUCUUUAAAUAAAUCAGCGUCUGAUGUUGGUACUGCCAGAGCUAUGCCUAUUGGUGCUCGUGCUGCUGCCAGCAAGUUGUCACAUGUUGCUUCAUUGCAACAGAAGUUUGAAACUGCUGCUACAGGUAACGAAAAGAACAGUCCAGCAACAACUAGACCUGCACCCAGUGCACCAAGCAAACUUAAACCCAAUGUAGGAAGUAAACUCAGUGGAAAUGCAGGGAUUAAAAAAUGAAAUGACUCAAAUAUCAAAUUCAGUGAAGUUCUAGAAUAAAGAACUUGUGUUCAUAACAUCACUAUUUUUGUUUUCUCGGUGUACAUUUCAGAGUGUUCUCAGUGUAAAUUGUCUCUCAAUAGUUGUAUUACUGUUUCAAAGUAUCUAUGCAAUAAUUCAAUGUCAACAUAUGAUUGAGAAUUGUUGAUGCUUGCAAUUGUUUUUAGAAUAUUUAUAUUUUUUUCUCUUGUCUGGAACAAGCAGAUGCCAUUAUGUUAUAUUAUGUAUCACAGAAUUACAGUGUAUAUCAAGAACUCUGUUCAUAUUGAAACAGCAAAUGAUACAGGUUUAAAUGAAAAUAAAGAGAACAAAACUUGAGCGACAUCGCUGUAAUUACGCCUAAGGAAUGCCGGCAUUUCAAACAUAUUGGCUUUCUUUAAUUUAGUUUGAGAAAAAAUGUCUUAGGACUAUAUCACUACUUUUAUGGGUCCAAACCUGAAGUUGGUACUAAAGUUGAUAGUAAUUUUUCAAGUCUUCUAAUUCUUCACUGAAAGUUAAUAUUUCCUGAGUGUUUCCAAUGAAACCUAAGUUUUGCACCAGAAUCAGAUGCUUAUAGCAUCGUUUUCAAUUGAGUGUAUUAACAUCUGUGCCUUGUUCUGUGUGUUAUCGAUGAAUCAGUGGUCAUCAAACCACUAAUUUGUGACUGCUGGCAGUCCCGGUUUCACCUCUGAAGGUCGCUUAUUAAUUUCCCAAAGAAGUCUACACAUUUGCAUUUUUUGUACAUCAUUGUUUUAUAAUAAGUGAAGCUGUGAAUUAAUUAAGAUGCAGUAUAAAUGUGUACCUCCUUACUGUAAAAUUAUGAAUGUAUAGUAUUUAUGUAAAUAUAGUGACAAAGUAUAAAUUCACAUGUAUAAUGCUUUUACAUAAGAAUUUUCACUUUUUUUGUAAUCGGUAAUCACCCAAUUUUUUAUUGAAUGUAUUUGACAAAUGUGAAAAUCAUUAUUACUAGAAUAUUAGGGAGGACAAAAUAAAUAUUAAUCAAAUUUUUACCAAACAUUUGAAAAUGCACAUUGAAUUUUUAGUCUUGUUAAUUAAAUGUGUCAUUUAGUGAGCAACUGAAGCAGAUAUGCUAUGAAUAUGACUUAAGAUAGAUGAUAAAUGUUGAAAUAAUCUAUAAGAAUAUUUCAUGACCUUUAAUUUUGUUGGAUACAGCUGUAGCUCAAAUGGGAGAAGGCAGAGGGAUCAAAAUUUCCGACUAAAUACUCUCAACAUGUAUGGCAUACAUUCUUUGUUAUACAUUUAUUUAAUGUACUUCAAAAUGAAUGAAUUGGCUACUAUUAGAAAUACAGAUCAUGUUGUCACAAAAUUCUUAUUGAAUUAUAUUGUGUAAAUAAUUUCUCUUUAAUGAAUAUCCUGAUUUUGUAUGUCUUGAAACUUUCAAGAUGCUAUUUAAAGAUCAAACUGAUGUAAUAGAUAAGAUUAGGAAGCCUUAUGUUACAUUACAUUAUGUUAUGUCUUAUUGGACAUUUUACUUGCACUAUAAAUAUGUACAGUAAAUUAUCGAGAAACAAGAGUAAAGCAGUGCUAUAUGGUCUGCAGUGAUUGUGAAGAAUUUUUACCAGAAUAUAUAAUUUGAUUCUCUCAACAAUUCAUAGUGGUCACUUACAACAUAUCUUAUUCAGAUUAAAAAAUAAUUCAACGUUAAAAUUUAGUAAAUACAAAUUUUAUAUUUUUCAUUACGUUAAUUUAGUCUUGAAAUGCAUGGAACCUUCUAAUUUUCCAUGUGCAAAUUUUGAAGAUCUUAAUAAAUAAAUGUGAUAUGACAAAUUAAUAUGUGGUAACAAUCCGAGAAUGUUGGUAUCGUUAGUUCUUGCAGUAUCAAUAGAAAUGUGACAUACCUUACUAGUUCAGGAAUGUUGACUUGUCACUUUUAGCCUUGAAAGUGUUAACAUUUUUCUCUAAGAGGCUAUUGAAAUAGAGCAACUGUUCAAUAACUUGUGUCGUAGAAAACAAAUUCUUACCUAUUCCCACCUUUAAUUGCUACAUUCUCCUAAAGAAUGAGAACAAGGAAGGAGAUGCUUUGAUUUCCUUGUUCCAAGGCUCAAAAAAUAAAGCCCUUCUCUUAUUGGCAAAAUGAAAACGAAACUUUUUGAUUUUAUUUCUGUUUUUAUAAAUCACUCUACAUAGCAACUUCAUAAUAAAAAUAUUUAUUAUUUAUGUAUUGUAAAUAAGCACAUAUGAAAUAAACAAAUGUUUAAUAGAAAACUAUGAUUAUCAAAUGCAAAUAUUCUAGAAAGUGAAUAUGAAAUACACUCAUUCUUCCCAAUUUAUAAUCUGUUAAAAAAAGUGAGCUUAAACAUUAUUUUUAAAAACAGUGAAUAAACUCUCUUACCGUUCACCUUGAAAAAUGUUUACAAAUAUGUUGUUCAUUCCCAAGUUAAUGCUCAAUAUUUAAGAGUAUGUUUAAUUUGUUUUAAAUAAAAAAUUUUAUAUAUGUAUUUUAAGAAAAAUGAUAUUUUUAACAUUAAUUUUACUUUUCUCAAAUUGAACAUCUGAAUUGGAGGUGGACCUUGUAGAUGUGAGAGUAGACAAGUACUGGAAUUGUCAAGAUGAAGUCAAUGAACUGUACUUGCAUUCUCAUUCAUCUUUGCAAAUUUUGCUUCAAUCAGUGGUAUUAGUAACCUUUCCAUUGUAAAAUUUUUCUUCCCAAACACACAACACAGUUAAUAUGAGUAACGCAGAACAUAUACAAUGUAGAGGAAUGUAAUGAUAGAAGAAAUAUACUCAAAAUAUGACUUGAACUGAUAUGUACCCUUAUUAUGUAACAUUUAAUAUCCAUAUUAUGUUUCAAUACCCAAGCUAAUUAAAAAUGGAUAUCUUAAGCAGUUGCUAGACGUUAUCUUGGUCAUCAUUAGCAGACUAUCUAUAUUCUAUUCAUGGUACAAUAAUAAACAUGGCAAUGAGCAAAUCAUAAUUCUGAAAAGGUAGGCAACUAACAACACAUUAGUUUUCCCAAAAUUAAAAUAUUUUCAAAUUUAGAAGCAAUAACACUUUUUGGACUAUAUGGAGUAAUUCUGACAGCCAAAGAUAAAUGUUCUAGUACUUCCAGUACUAGAUGGAAAUAAACUAACAUAAGAUACACAGUCUAAUGCAUUACCCUUCUUUGAGUUCACGCUGUGAGGCAUAAUUCUUCAUAUUUCAAAAGAACAACUGAAAAUUGUUUGUAAUAUUUAAUAAAAUCUAUGUAAUCUGCACUAUUAGAUUUAGUGAUUAAAUGCAUUUGGAGCAAUUCAUGGUUUUGUUAACAAUGUACUUUAUAUUUAUAUAUAUACACACACACACACACACACACACACCUUCAUAUUGUCUCUUUAAACCUAUUCUUACAUUGAGAGUGUAG